CUGUAUCACACAGACACACACACAUAUCCCUUUGACCUCUUUGUUUUUGUUGCUACCAUCUCUUGUUGGACGGUUACUUCCCCAAUUUUUUUUCUUUCUAACACGCAGAAAGAAAGUUAUUUCUGGGUCCCCUUAUGGACAUUUCCCACAGAAACAGAACACUGCUCAAGGUCAUCGUCCUCGGCGAUAGUGGGGUGGGUAAGACUUCGUUGAUAAAUCAAUACGUCUAUAAAAAGUACAGCCGUCAAUAUAAAGCCACCAUCGGAGCAGAUUUUGUGACGAGGGAAGUACAGGUGGAUGACAAACUCGUAACAUUGCAAAUUUGGGACACAGCAGGGCAGGAAAGGUUUCAUAGUCUAGGCGCUGCAUUUUACAGAGGAGCAGACUGUUGUGUUCUUGUGUAUGAUGUCAAUAUAAAUAAAACUUUUGAGACCCUGAACAAUUGGCACGACGACUUUCUUAAACAGUCAGAUGCGAACGAUCCUGAAGGAUUCCCCUUUGUACUGCUCGGCAAUAAGGUUGACGUAAAUGAUGGACAAACCAGAAUGGUUUCUGAGAAGAAAGCCAAGGGAUGGUGUGCUUCCAGGGGGAACAUGCCUUAUUUUGAGACCUCUGCUAAGGAGAAUUACAAUGUGGAGGAGGCAUUCUUAUGUGUUGCUAAGACUGCACUAGAAAACGAACACGAAACAGAAAUAUAUUUUCCGGGAAUCUCGGAAACCGUAUCAGAACCAGAGCAACGAGGGGGUGGCUGUGCGUGCUGAAAGUGAAACAGUAAAUAUUUUAUUUUGUAACUCGGAGGGUUAAGGUGGUCAUAUAUAUUUAAAUCCAAGACUAAGUUAAUCAAACUUGAAAACAACGUUUCAUAUGUAUUAUGUUCCCAGAGAGUUUGUAACGAUAGAUACGAGGCGGUGAAAAGUUUGGCGGCAUGUCAACAAGGCAUAAAAGUGCGACUCGUGAUAUCACGUGAGUUGCUGCAGACGUUUGGUGGUAUACAUGUGGACAACCCACUUGUU